CGGUGUGCUUCAAAACCCAAACACUGUGCACAGCUGCUAGCAAAAGAAGCGCAGGGGAAGAAAGGGGACACAGGCCAAGGGGUGGUGAAAUUGUUUUUGUUACUAUUUACUUUAUUUAGUUUCGUAACAUAGCUAUCGGUUCAGGUGUCAAUUUUGUAUUCGUAGUGGCUGAGUUGAUCCGGAUUUGGCUUGGGACUUUCAUGACCAACUGACAUAAAGCUAGCUUUGGAGUACGGAUAGUUAGCUUAGCCUAGCCGCUGCUGAAUCGGCUGUGUACAACAGGGCGUGAUUUAAGUAAAGAGAACAGGUUGGUUUGAUGCACGUGCCAUCAAAGCCGGAGGCACCAUGAGUGCGGAGGUGGAUGCACUGACUGUGGUAAACCAGCUGAGAGAUCUCGCUGCGGACCCCCUGAAUCGAAGAGCCAUAGUUGAGGACCAGGGUUGCCUGCCGGGGCUCAUCCUUUUUUUCGACCAUCCUAACCCACAGGUUGUCUACUCUGCACUGUUGGCUGUGCGCUACCUGGCAGAAUGUCGGGCCAACAGGGAGAAGCUGAAGGGCGAGCUGGGCAUGAUGCUGAGCUUGCAGAAUGUCAUGCAGAAGAGCACAUCACCCGGGGAGACCAAACUGCUGGCGUCUGAGAUAUACGAGAUUCUGCAGUCAGCUGGUAAAGAAGAGGCUGAGCAGGCCGAGGCAGCCGCUGCGUCCUGCCGCCGUAAAGCCCACUUCUUCCUCGGCUCCAACAACAAAAGGGCCAAAACUGUAGUUUUGCACAUCGACGGACUGGACAACUCUACUCGAAGGAGCCUGUGUGAGGAGGCUUUGCUAAAGAUACGAGGAGUCAUCAGUUUCACCUUCCAGAUGGCCGUGAAGCGAUGCGUUGUCCGUAUCCGUUCUGACCUUAAAGCUGAGGCAUUGGGAACAGCAAUUAACUCCACCAAAGUAAUGAAGGCUCAGCAGGUGGUGAAGACAGAGGACGGCGGAGAGCUGAUGUUACCAUUCCAGGAGGACGCGUCGGUGCUGGUGGAGGAGAACACAGACAUCCCAGACUACCUACCUGAGGACGAGAGUCCAUCGCAGGAGCAGGACAAGGCCGUCACCCGGGUGGGGUCGGUCACAGAUGGCCUGGGCUGGCUCAGCACGGCCGCCAACUUCCUGACACGUUCGUUCUACUGGUGACAGCUUCCCGCGUCUCACUCAGCAUAGUGUCGGUUUUCACCCUGUGUCACUAGUUUUAGGUUCCCCUCUCAACAGCACAUGUGCUGGACUGCCAGUUGGAACAUGCAAUAACUUUAACAUGUGCAAAUAUUAGGCUACAAAUCCCACAACAAGGCUGUUUGCUCACAACUAUAAACUAACUGCAGAUAUCUAGAGGACAUAGCCAAAGGACUCUAUAUCCAGCAGAACCAAAUAGCUUCCUGGAAAUGAGUAAUGCUAUGUUGAACUAGUAGAUAAAUGGGAGGUUCUGUUUCAUUUCUUUCUGUGCAUGAGUUCAGCUCUUCAUUUCCUUCCAUCUAUUCCAAUAUUUUCUCAUUAGAUUCUUUAUCCUUUAAAUUUGUUACAUUUUCAGUUACGUUUUGUUUGUUCUUUUCAGCAUGCUACGUGCCAAUCUCGCCCGUUGCCUACGUCCACAAAUAAUUUGUGCGGUUUUUGAGAGUUAGUUGUAAUUAUUUAUUGAUACUUUACUCAAAUGAUUUGAGAGCUCUGAGCAAACGCUGUUAGUUCACAGAAAAAAGUAGACACCAGCAGAAACUGCUGCUCAUUCAGCCGCCAGCUCCCGUGCGUUGGACUGAAUUGUGAUUUUUAAAUCACAGCUUAUGAGUGUUUUGGCUGAUUGUUGCAGGGCAUCCAGAUACAUCCAAAUGUCAUCUGUGAGUUAAUUUAAUGAAGUAAUUCAGUUUAAAAAGUGAAGCUUCACUUCACAUGGCUCUAUUUCAGAAGUUUAUUUCUGUUAGCUUUGAUGACUCUGGCUUACAAGUAAUGAAAACACAAAAUUCAGUUUUGUGGAAAAAUA